CCACAAUAGAGGAAUAUGGAAAUUGUAUAGGCCUGUCCCUGCGCUUUAAAUGUGUUCACCGUGGUUUUGACCUCUGUAAAGAGAAAACGGCUCUUUAGUUUCUGGCUCUGUGUAACGUCCUUCUCUGGGUUGGAGGGCCCGGGCGGCGAGGCUACUCCUCCGGCUGACGGUUGCACUGGCUCACAAUGCCAAGGUUGCCACUCAUAGAGGGCGUGUCGGCGGCAGGGGAGGGGAGAGGCCUUGUUUCCAGCCUGGGAGUGGCUCCGAGCUCGGAAUGAAACCGUGUGCGUUCAACCACUUCCACUCUUAAUCGGGCCGUGUUGGUGCUGCUGAUGCUGGAGCAGAUUUAUCGCACUGGGCUGCUCGGGGUAGCAGUGGCGUUGGUCGGCGGAGUCCUUUACGCCGCCUGGGGCAGAUGGUUCGGUGGCGAGAGGCCAGUGGUCAAGACUGGCUCGGGGGAGAGGCCGGUGAUCGGGACGGAGGAGGAGGAGAGGCGGGUGAAUGAGCCGGGGCCGGAGGAUGAAGAAAAUGUGAAACACAUUCUUGUGGUUGGCCUUGAUGGGGCAGGGAAAACAAGUGUUCUGCACAGUCUGUCUACCUGCACAAUGAGGAGGAGUGAUGGGCCUACCAAGAUGUUCAACUGUGUGUCUGUGAAGACUGAAGAUGCUGAGAUUGAAUUUCUAGAGAUUGGUGGCAGUGAAUCUGUACGCCGGUGCUGGUCCUCCCACCUACCUGGAGCAAAGGCUGUUGUUUAUGUGGUAGAUUCAGCAGAUCCUAAGCGGAUGCCACUUGCGAAACAGGAACUUCACCAAUUAGUUCAAGGGGAUUCAACGCUUCCUGUCGUUGUUUUAGCCAAUAAACAGGAUCUCAAAGGGGCCUGUACCAUUUUAGAGGUUCAUGAGAAGCUUUCCCUUGACCAACUUGGUGAUGAACGAAAGCUUUUCCUCAUCGGAACCCACGUUGCAGAAAAUGGUUGCCAAAUACCAGCAAGUAUACAAGAUGCCAAGGAACUGAUUGCUCAUUUGGUGAUCUCCUGAAGGGUGAACUUGCUUCGGGAUUGUCUCCAUUUGAUCAUGAGUCACUGCUCUUUGUUGAAAUAUUACUAAAGCUCAACCUGGUCAAACCUGAUUGUGAUGUAGGAACUAUUUUUAAACCUUAAGAUUUAAAAAGCUGUUAUAACACAUCUGGAUUUGGAAAAAGUAUUUAGCACAAUGUUAAUAUACUUUCAACUUACUUUCCCUUCAAAAAUUGAUUAGAAAAAGUUUUCCAAUAAUCUUCAAUAUGUUGUAAUAAAUUAUCACUAUACACCAUUCUAAUUAUCAUGUGCUCCAAAGACUAUAUUGUUCCUUCUUUUCUCAGCGAAAUAGUGUGUAUGGGGAUAUCUGCCGUUAGCCAGGAAUCUACUGUAUCCCCAUCCACUGACAAAUUAGUUUAAAUCCUUCCCAACAUCAGUCAACAUCCAAGGAUGUCGGACCUGCUUUGGUACUGUUUGAACAUGCCUGAUCUUAUCCAGAAACAAGCCAAUAAUCUAGAAAGCGAAAGCUCUGCCUCUGACACAAUCCUUACAGCUGCACGUUUACCCAAACACCUCCCAUUCUUAUACACAGCAGCAUGCAGCACCAGAUGCAAUGCAAAAGUCGGAACAGCUUCUGAGGUUAUAUUCUAACAUAAUUCUCCCAAAUGUUAUGUUGCAUUCUUCUCAUUAUUCUCAACAAUUUCCGUGACCUCUGGCU